AGUCCGAUGUGAGUCAAUACUGUAGUUUUUGUUUUCAAUAACAGACUUCUGAACUUCCUGUUUUCUCGAUGAACCACCUUUUUUUCAAUUUUGAUUCCACAAGAAUAUUUUUAUGUUGUCAUUGCUCUUACGAAGAAAGUCAACAAUGUCAUGGCCUUUCUGUGGUGCAUUUACAUCUUCGUCUGCGUACCUUCCUGUCUGUCGGUAGCAGAGUUCCAAGUGAGCGCUUACGUCGGACAAGAUGUCGUCCUGUCCUGUGGAGUCUCUGAAGAGCCAUCUGUAAACUGUUUCUAUUUUUUCCGUAUUCGGUGGUAUUUGGAGGACACAAACGGUGACAGCUUUCCCCUGGUCAUCCAUGGUUCCAUCAAUGAAGUACACGCAAAUCCCAGUCUAGUACUGGAAGGGAGAGUGGAGGCUGCGUGUCAAUAUUUGAUCAUCAGGGACAUCAGAGUGUCUGAUGCAGGGAAAUACAGCUGCGAGUGCCACACAUGUCAGUCAACAACUCAUCUUGUCGUCCACUAUUCCACACCUUGGAUACCAAAGCUGGUGACUUUGGGAGUUUUCAUGCUGAUCGUAGCUGUCAUGGCGGCCGUCACCUAUGUCAUCAUCCGCAGAACAAGGCGUGAGGCAAUUGUCAAGUACGACGUGAGGACUGCUGAGGACUAACUUUGGUUGCUUCCCGAUUUCUUAACACCAUGACUUUAUAUGAACACCCCCCCCCCCCCCCCACACACACACACACAGAAAUUCCUUCCGAGAGAUGUUAGUGUGACAGCCCUUUUGAAGUAAAGAUUUAAUAAUUGUAUUCUUUGACUGCAUUAUUUGUCAAUUAAAUUGAGUUCAAUAAAGACAUAUGAUAUUCUUAUGAUCCUUAAAGUGCAUACCUA